AAUGUGAACGAGCCUUUCUUGAUCAGGUGCUCUGAGAGAAGAAACCCUCAGGCGAAAAUACUUGAGAGAAUGGACAUGGGAAAGAGCUGGAAGGCUGAAACAACUGGCGGUGAGUCGUCGGCGAUUGACUACGAUGUCUUUUUGAGUUUUAGGGGGCCAGACACUCGCCAAGCAUUCACGGAUUCCCUUUAUCAUGAAAUGCUAGAAGCAAAUAUCCGUGUCUUCUUUGAUGAGGAAGAGCUUCAUGUUGGUAAAGAAAUAGGUGAUGAGCUAUCGACGGCCAUCGAAAAGUCAAAGAUCUACAUACCAAUCUUCUCUAGAGGUUAUGCUUCAAGUUCGUGGUGCCUUCGCGAGCUCGCACACAUGGUGGAGUGCAAGAAAUACAAACCAUCUGAGAAGGAGAUUUUGCCAAUUUUCUACGACGUGGGACCUCGUGAUGUUAAGCUUAAGUCCCAACUGUACGUCAGCACUUUGGAGGAGCAUGAGGUGAGGUUCGGCCCCCAGACAACGAAAAAGUGGGAGGAUGCCCUCAAAAGUGUCGCCCAAAUCAAAGGAUGGGAGUUGAAAAAGCAAGGGCAUUGGAAAUUCAUUAAAUCAGUGACCCAAGAGAUACUGAUGAAGCUAAAGAUAAAAGACAAAUACGUCGCCGGACAUUUAGUAGGAAUGGACCAUCAAGUGGAAGCUGUAGUGAAGUUGUUGAAUGUGGACUCCAGGGGCAUGUGUUUUGUGCUAAUCCAUGGAACGGGCGGAAUUGGAAAAAUGACUCUCGCUAAAGUUGUCUACAACAAACUAAAUUCCCUCUUCAGUCAUUGCUGCUUCCUAGGAAAUGUCCGGGAAUCAUUGCUCCACUUUGGCCUUAUAACUUUACAAAAACAACUAUUAUCUAACAUGUUUGGUUCAAGCUUUCAUGAUGGAAUCAACGACAUUGAUGAUGGGAUCAAGUUGAUUACACAACGACUUUCAAAUAGGAAAGUCUUCAUCGUUCUUGACGAUGUGGAUGAGGAAGAACUCGAUAAACUAGCCAUAAAGCAUAUUUCCUUCGGUUCCGGAAGCAGAGUUAUUAUGACAACUAGGAACAGAAGCAUCAUAGAAGCUGAUCGAACUUUAGAGUACAAAGUGAAUCCACUGGAUUCCAUUCAAUCACUCGAGCUUUUUAGUAGACACGCAUUCGGAAAAAGUCCUCCUCCAGAUGAUUAUGUUAGUCUUUCGAGACAAGUAGUUUCUAUGAUCGGAGGAAUUCCGUUGGCUCUCAAAGUCAUGGGCUCAUUACUUCGUCGCCAAAACAAAGGCUUAUGGAUAAGCGUAUUGCACAAUCUGAGAGAAAUAACUCAAGAGAAGGUCCUAGAAACUCUGAAGAUCUGCUAUAAUGCCUUGAGUCAUGAGCAAAAACAGAUCUUUCUCGACAUCGCCUGUCUUUUUGUGGAUGAAGACAAGACAAGAGCAUUCUACAUGUGGAAAGAAUGUGGGUUUCAGCCAGAUUAUUCGACAAAAGUCCUUGUCUCCAUGUCCUUGAUAAAGAUAACUAAUGAAAACAAAUUCUGGAUGCAUAACCAACUGAGAGAUUUUGGGAGGAAAAUCGUUUGUGAAGAUACAAGGUUGAUGGAUCCAAGAAAGCAAAGUAGGCUGUGGGUUCCUGAGACGGCCGUUAAAAUCAUUAAAACAGAAGAGAGAAAGGAGGCCAUUGAAGCUGUUUGCUUAGAUGGUAAUGCACCUGGAAUCUACACGAGCGAAGAGUUUUCAAGGCUUCCAAACAUAAGGUUCCUCAAGUUAUGUAGGGGAUGCUUUGUUGGAGACUUUAAGGAGCAGCUUUCAAGGUUAAAAUACUUGUCCUGGAAUAGGUGUCCUCAUGAGCUCUUGGCCGUCAAUUUCCAUCCAAGCAAUCUUGUAGUUCUCAACCUGUCUUAUAGUGCCAUCACGGAGGACUGGGCUGGAUGGAGUCAAAUCAAGGUUGCCGAGAAGCUAAAAGUUCUAGAUCUCACAAACUGCAACAACAUGACCAGGACUCCAAACUUCUCUAGUCAUUUGAGUUUAGAGAGAUUGAUCCUAAAAAAUUGCAGAAGACUGAUUGUGAUUGACGGUUCCCUCAAAAAGCUUAAAUGCCUGAUUUUCUUCAAUGUAGAUGGGUGUACAAGUCUUACGGAGUUACCCGAAGGAAUCGGACGGUUAGAGAAGCUCGAGUACUUGUAUUUAGGCAACUGUAGAAAGUUGAGGAAGCUGCCUGAAUCAUUUGCGAGAGUGUCAUCACUAGUAGAGUUGGAUCUCUCGUAUACGGCCAUCACAAGAUUACCUAUUUUCAUUGGUAAUCAAAAGCGCUUGUCAGUUCUUAAAUUGCAAUCUACACCAAUCGAUGAACUUCCUAGUUCUAUUGGAAAUCUAGGGGAACUAAAGUCUCUCUUUCUGCUGCAUACCAAAGUAAAGAAACUUCCUAUCUCGAUUGGGAACUUAGAAUCACUACUCGAGUUGGAUGUCUCAGGAACAGAAUGUUUGCAAUUACCUGAAUCUAUCGGAGGCCUAAGUAGAUUGAAAGUCAUCAACAUUUCGAAUUCUUGCAUAAGGGAGUUACCAAGGAGUAUUGUCAUGCUAAAAGAGUUGGAAGAGCUACAUGGCAAGGAUUGCCGGUCUCUUAAGUGGGAAAUUCCCGAGGACAUUUCUGAAUUGUUGCUUUUGAGGGUCCUUGACUUGCAAGCAAACCGUAUUAGAAAUAUUCCAGAGACGAUCCAACUACUUCCUCACCUAGAGAAAUUGAGUUUAUGGCGUUGCAGGAAACUCGAAGUAUUGCCUAAGCUUCCCACAAGCUUGAGAAGCCUAAGCUUCGGAUCAAGUUCGUUGCAGUGGGUCCCGGAUCUGUCAAACCUAACAAAAUUGGUGGAUUUGAGCUAUGGUGGUCAUGAUGAGAACAGUCAUCCUUUGUUCUUCCAAGAUGGACCAUUCCAACAAUCUCUCGUGUUCCUUCCACUAUCUUUGUCAAUAUUGUCACUCGAAUAUCAUGAAUCAAUAACCAGUUUAUCAUUUCAUUGCGACUUGAGAAACUUGACACGUUUGCGGAUUUAUCAAUGUUGUUGGAAGGAAGUUCAACUCGAUGGGCUUGAACAGUUGAUUGAAUUCGAAGUGGAGGGGUCAAAACUCCUCGAGAGAUUUGCCGGCCUUUCGAGGUUGAAGAGGUUGAAGCUGUGGAAACUGAUUGAUUGCCCAAAUCUAAUUGCGAUCCAAGGUCUUGGUUCGAUGGAGUUGUUGGAACAAUUGGAAAUAAAAGAAUGUCCUAAGAUUAAAAGUCUAGAUGAUCUGUCAGAUUUGAAAAAGCUGAAGUACUUGGUAAUUCGAGGAUGCGAAGAGCUUCCGGCAGUUAAGGGCCUGGAUGAACUAGAGACUCUCAAAAGAUUGGAUUUUAACCGCUGCAGAUCGUUGGAAAGUUUUGCUAAUGUCUUCAACUCGAAAAUACGAGACAGGUGCUGCAUAACCAUUUUCAACUGCUCAAAGUUAGUAGAUCCUUCGCAUGGAGGCCUAGUCAGCUCGUACGAGCAAUGGAAAGUCCAGGAAAUGUCCAACAGGGUUCGUGAUCAGUCAAGCCAGAAGUAAUUGAGAAAUCUUUCUGCAGUCGUUUGAAGCGAAUAAGAUGUACCCAAGCGAAGAAACGAUUGAUUCGAGGAUUGGUCAUACUAGGAUGAUUUUCACUGGCUAAAGCUUGGGAAGUGGCUUUUCAGGUUAGACUCCACAUUUUCUGAUCCGUCUGUAAUUAUGAGUGUUCGUCAUAAUUUGUCGAUCAUGUCCGGUCAGUCACGGUAUUUGUUGACAUUUUCCUUCUUAGAUUGCUUCUAAUGCUAUCGUCGUUUUCGUGAAAAUAUAUGUAUUACUUUCGACAAUGUUUUCACCACCUAGAAAGGCAUGUACAAUUCUCUCGGUUCCUUCGCCAUCUUCAUUCAGCUACACGACUGAAGCUCCUUUCUGUGGAGUCGUCUUCUUCUCCGCAACCACAACCUCCAUGGACGAAGCUCUUUUCUCUUCCGCCACAGUCUCAAGCUCAACAGCAGGAACUGACAUGUUUAAUGAUGGAAUGGUUGUCGCCCACGGCCUCCAAGGCUUCACCGCACUUCAACGUCUCAUUUCGCCUGCAAAAUGGAGAAGACAACGUCUCUGGCUUUUCCCGUUCCAGCAGCUGCUGAUAUUCUAUUCUCCUUAGCCUCACAUGCUCCUGACGUCGUGUGACGCGAGCGCUCGAUGAUCUUCACCGUCGACAACUUCUCAAUUUUUACCAGCGCGCGAAGCUACGUCAGCAAUAUGUGGUUCUGCAUCGUGCCGAAUCGGUAUCCUGCGAUGGCGUCGACCUCUUCAAAUCUUCAGGUGAAAGUUGUUAUAGCUCAUUCGAUUGAGUCAGGGGAUGAAUCUCUAUAUGCUUCUUUCAGUGGAAUACAUUGUCCCUGUUCUCUCUGUUUUGAGGUGUGGAGGAAGUUUUUCUUAGCUAUUGGUCCAAUGCGGCCAAAUGGGUAAUGCACGGUGACUGUUUGAUUAUAUGCCUCAGAGGGAUUGAUUUACAUGAAACAUGAUAAUGAUCACCUGUUCGCAUCUUCCUCGGCUUUAUUCAAGGACUUUAAGUCCGUUGCACUUAGGUAGAAUAACCUGAAUGAGGAGAUUGAAUAAGAUUUCGGUCUAUCAUUAACUGUGGAUUUGCAUGCUGAGUGUUUUGGUGGAUGGGAUGAGCAGCAGGGGAACAAUUCAUAGGGAAGUCGCCCCCGAUUGCAUAGAGACCGCAAAAGCCAUAGAUGAACAUUGGCAAAGUAGAGGUAGAAACGAUGCUUCCGUUCCUGAGCUCUUGGAGUAAGGUAUUAUGGUGAUUUGGUUAAGCUAAAAUUUGAGUAUAC